AUUUUGCAUGGCUGUCCAGAAGCAGGAUGCUCUAUGCUUUUUCUGGGAGUCAGUCCCACCGAACCCGAUGGGGAGUCCUUACUGAGUAUACAUGCAUGGGAGGAUUGCGGGGACCUCGGCUGGCAAAAAUUGCUUCGAUGUCUCGGACUUUCCAUUGCAGUACUGUGGAUCAGUCUGGUGGGGCCUGGAGAGUAAAGCACGGUUUCCCUAUAAACCCUUCACAUUACGGACCCUUAACAGACCUUCCUGACUGGUCGUUUGCUGAUGGGCGGCCAGCCCCACCGAUGAAAAAUCAUCUCCGUCGGAAGGAAAGGAACGAAAACUUGGCUCGUCGGGUAGCCAUGAUCUCCGCAGAAAUGGAUCACGGGAUGGAGAAGUGGAAAGCUAAGCAGAAUGAACGAAAGCAACAGGCAGAGGAAAAGCGACGCAACAGACUUCAACCUAAAGGAAGCUCCCAAGAGCAAGACCCCAAAUAAAUACUUUCCUCCCCUCGUACA